GGUACCUAUAUAAAUAUCUUUCGUAGUGAAAUUCGGUCACUUUAUACUUAACAAUUGAACUUGUACUAUACAAAUUGAAAUAGUCACUUCUCGACAAUGUUUAUUGGUGUCACGCGGGUAAUCGUAGGUUUUAUUUUAUAUUUUAAUGUUAUUAGUAGUACACCUUUGUUUAAAGUGAAUCAAAUCAUACAACUAGUGAAUAACAUUCCAAAACACACAUGGAAGGCUGGAAUAAAUUUACAUCCAAGUUUUUUGACGAACGUUUCACAUCGCAUGGGAGUUCUACCACGGAAUAAACUAAGUGAAAAGGACAUUCUCCCCACAUAUGAUGUAUCCAUUGAUUCUGAAUCUCUGCCGGACAGUUAUGAUGUUACGCAAACAUGGUCUAAAUGCAAAUCGGUUGUUUCAAUCAGAGACCAAUCAAAUUGCGGAUCUUGUUGGGCCCUAUCAACUGCUUCUGCAUUUAGUGAUCGUCUAUGUAUCACCUCAAAUAUGAGUGUUAAUAAAGUCUUAUCUGGUGAAUACAUAAAUUCGUGCUGCAAUGGUAAAUGUGGUGACGGAUGUAACGGUGGUCAUCCAGAAAAAGCGUGGAAGUUCAUAAAGAGAAACGGAUUAUGUACCGGAGGUGAAUACGCUUCUAACGAGGGAUGUCAGCCAUAUAGUAUAGCUCCUUGUCCAAGAAAUGCAAACUCCUGCUCUAAGGAAAAUGAAGAUACUCCCCAGUGUUUCAGAGAUCAGUGUACCAAUAACAACUAUGAGACUCCAUUAGAAUCAGAUCUGUACUAUGCCUAUAAAGUGUAUUCUGUUAAACCAAAACCUGAAAUAAUUAUGGGGGAAGUAUAUAAAAAUGGACCUGUUGUGGCAGCAAUGAAAGUCUAUGAAGAUUUCUUAUGCUAUAAAGGAGGAAUAUAUCAGUAUACGACCGGUGCAUUAAAAGGCGACCACGCUGUCAAAAUAAUGGGAUGGGGUCAAGACGACGGAAUAGAUUACUGGUUAUGUGCUAAUACAUGGGGUAAUUCUUGGGGCAUGGGUGGAAUGUUUAAAAUCCGAAGAGGCAGAAAUGAAUGCGGAAUUGAAAACCGUAUAACUGGUGGAUUACCGAAAGUCUUACCACCAAUACGUUACAUAACAGUCUAACACAUAAUCAUAAGUGGUCUCCAGGGAGGUUUCUCGUUUCAAAAGCACUCUCGCCCAUAUGGGAUUUUAUGUUUUGAAUAUGGGACGCAGGACGCAUCCAUAAACUAUUUAUAUUGGAUAAACUAGCCCCCCCCCCCCUCAGAAAAGUAAUUCAACCGCUUAUGUAUUAUAUUACGUGUAUAAUGUAUUUAUAUGUAAGGCCUAAGUCGAUUAUCGACUAUCAAGAUCUAUAUCCAUCUUAAUGUACCUAUAGGUGCCUAAUGCGCCUAAUUGUGUAAGUAUUGGUACUUAAAUUAAAAAAAGGUACCUUAAAA